AUGAGAUUUGGAGCUCCCAUGCAUCGAUUGGAAGAGCAUAUGCGGACGACAGCUACCAUCCUAGAAGUUGAUAGUCAGUUUCUUUAUGUGCCAGGAUGCAUGAUCAUGUCCUUCAAUGAUCCCAUGAGAAGGACGACGGAGGUGAAGUUAGUACGAGUGGAGCAAGGGAUUGAUCUUGGGCUCUUGGAGGACAGCCAUCAGGUCUAUAAGAGCGUGAUUCACGAUGAUAUUGGGGUCAAUGAGGCCACCAAUAAGCUGGAGAGAAUUCUUAAUUCCAGGCCUCGCUUCAAUACUUGGAUCAUCGUGGUUGUUUAUGGUAUAGCCACCGCUAUGGUCGGCCCAUUCGCAUUCAACGCCCGGCCUAUCGACAUGCCAAUGAUCUUUAUUAAUGGCACAAUUCUCGGAAUCCUUCGCCAUUUCUUUGCCCCCCGCUCAGUGUUAUACUCCAAUGUUUUUGAGGUAACUACCGCAGUUCUUACCUCUUUCAUCGCGCGCGGUGUAGGAAGCAUCAAGUGGGAUGCCCCAAAUGGCAACCAUGAGUAUCUUUUCUGCUUUUCAGCGAUUGCCCAGUCAUCGAUUGCUCUGAUACUGCCGGGGUAUACUGUCCUUAGCAGUAGUCUGGAGCUCCAAUCGCAUCAGCUCGUGGCUGGAUCCAUUCGUAUGGUCUAUGCUUUUAUCUACUCGCUUUUUCUAGGAUACGGAAUUACAGUUGGCACCACGAUCUAUGGUCUGAUCGAUCCUAACGCCGCGGACGACACUAGUUGCCCAAAGAGUGGGGAUUUUCCCGACGAAUAUUCACCACGCUUUCCAUUUGUGGCGGCAUUUGUGAUAUGCCUAUUGGUCAUAUACCAGGGCCGGUGGAAGCAGGCUCCCAUUAUGUUGUUCAUAGCAGAAUCUGGCUAUCUUGUCACUUAUUUCGUGACGCAGCGUUUAGGUACCAGUACUCAAGUUGCCAAUACCGUUGGUGCCUUCACUAUUGGUGUGAUGGGUAACCUCUAUAGCCGCAUAUGGCAUGGACACGCGGCAACCUCUAUAUUACCUGCAAUCUUUGUCUUGGUGCCCUCCGGCUUGGCAGCCUCAGGACCGCUCAUUAGUGGCAUCAAAUCAUCUAGUGAGACACGCAACAACGUAACCAAUCCAGUUAACCACAGCGGGUACUCUGUAUACUCAGUGGAGUCAAGCCAGAUCUAUACAGCUGAUCUGGGAUUUGGUAUGGUGGAGGUGUCGAUUGGAAUCACAGUCGGGUUGUUUAUCGCGGCCCUAUUGGUAUAUCCUUUUGGGAAAAGACGGAGUGGAUUGUUUAGUUUUUAA